CUGACACGCGAACGCAGUGAAGACCUGGGGCCCAUUGCUGAUUCAGGACUGGCACUGAGAUGAAGUUGUGUUGGUUUUCCGUCUGUCUGUCUGUCGUUUUAGGAGGCUGUUCGGCACAGCUCUCCACAUCCUCAGAAGGCCUGGUUGAUACCACUUCCUCUGGCCGGCAACAUGCCUUGACCGCUGCUGCAACCUCAACGCUGGCGACGGAUAAUGAGAGUGAGACCACAACUAUAUCCCUGACCUUGGAACCUGAAACUAACAGUGCUGCAGGUGGGCCUGAUGGCAAUGAGACCAGCACAUCAACAUCAGAGACAACUUCCUCAGCCUCUACCACCCACCAGAAAACACAAGGGCAGAUACAUACCACCGUGCAAGUGGAAGGCAAGUCUACCAAAACAGCUGCAACCAGGAACAUGACUAAGGGCAAGGAUUGGGAUGGUCCUUUUACAUACGACUAUGACUCUGUCCGACACAUUGGCCUGGGGGUGGCCGCUAUCCUCUUUGUGACUGGGAUCAUGGUCAUUGCAUGUGGCAGACUACGCCGGAUACCAAGGUUUCGCGUCAGGUCUGGAAAGACGUACGAAGUGACCAGAGUUUAAAAAACGGGCCAGUUGGAACUUCCUGAAGAAGACAGCAACAAUAUCCUGGCCCAGUUUAACUUGGUCCAAUAGUACAUUUGGUGGUGUAAUAUUUAUGUGUGAAAACUCCAGAUUUGGUACUGAACCUCAGGGACAGGAACAUGAGUGAUCAUGUUGUACUAUUAACAUGUGAUCACACAGCACAGACAAAACCAAAUUCAAAAAAUUAUACAUAUUCAAAACAGCGUUCUCAGAUGUAAACCCUCCUGUCAAUGUUCAAUAAUUGCUGCCUAUUUCUCUGUGUAUGCACUAGCUAUUUCAUAGUGUAUUUGCAUGGAUGACUGAAAAAUAUUAAUCCUUUAAAAGAUUGUGUUACAAAACAUAAUGGAGUCUCACAGCACUGAAGUGCCUCCAAGAGGUAAUUUAUCUGUACUGCUACUCAAUUUUGAAGGUCAGUUUUUGAAUUUUUACUGUAAAUAUUUCCAAAGGAAAGGUUUCAGGGACUAAACAUCUACCCCUAAUGCACAUUUUACAAUAUCUUAACAUUUUUAUUUUAUUUCUAUUUAAAUUUAAAGGCUUUUGCAUAUCAUUUGAAAUUCUUAAGCUGGAUGCUAAUCAUUCCUUUGAUUAGCAAGUGUAUAACAGACAUGUGUUUGUGUACGUGGAUGUGUUGCUUUAAAAUUACCCCAAAGAAACUGAAUUUAUAUAUUGAUACUGAAGCCCAUCCCUUAUACUCUUGUUACCAAAGUCUUAAA